CUUCGCGAUCGAAGAUGACCAGUCAUGUUUUUAUUUAGGCUAUAGUCUACAAAUCGAUAUAAAAUCAAAUUUGUAUACUGCGUAUUUCAUAAUCUCUGUUGACUCGAGAAGAUUCGAGCAGUGCCCUGUUUUGUGUUUCGAUAGCGUGAUUCUUCAGAUUCUAAUAAUCGGAGUGUCCUCUAGAUAAAGGUGUCAGAGUCACAAGCAGAAACACAAGGAAAAUGGCAGCAGUUAUACCAGCAGUUACGAAGAUAUCCUCCCGGAUUAUAAGGAUUCUUGGAUGCAAUCCGGGUUCUAUGACUUUGCAAGGGACCAAUACCUACAUUGUUGGAACAGGAAAAAGGCGCAUUCUCAUCGACACUGGUGAUGCAGAUGUGCCUCAGUACUUGAACCAUUUGAAGAGUGUGUUAAAACAUGAGAAGAUCGAUUUGGCCCAUAUUUUAUUAACACAUUGGCACUCCGAUCAUGUUGGUGGACUGAACGAUGUCCUUACUAUCAAAGAUAAAACAGCCCAUACCCAAGUAUGGAAACAUCCCACUAGUGAGGAAAGGGACUUGAAUCUAAAAGUUAAAAUCGACAAUCUGAAAGACAACCAAGAAUUCACUGUUGAGGGAGCUACUUUGCGAGUAAUUCACACACCAGGUCACACAACAGACCAUGUUUCUCUCCUCCUCGUCGAAGACAACGCCAUCUUCAGCGGAGAUUGCAUACUAGGAGAAGGAACUACCGUAUUCGAAGACCUAUACGAUUUUAUGAAUUCUCUAAAUAAGUUGUUGGCAUUGAAACCUGCCACAAUUUAUCCAGGACAUGGAAAUGUAAUCAACAAUCCAAUUGAAACAAUUCAGUACUAUAUAACACAUCGUACUGAGAGAGAAACUCAGAUAAUGGAAACCCUCAAUAACAAUAGACAGAAAGCAUUUUCUGGAGAAGAAUUGGUUAAAAUUAUCUACAUUGACACUCCAGUAAAACUCCAUAAAGCUGCCGAACACAACCUAAAUCUUCACUUGCAUAAGCUUCUGAAAGAGAGCAAGGUCAUAAUGGAGGACAACAAAUGGAGACUGAAUGAUAAUCUUGUUGAUUGAAAGUAUUAUCCUUUGGUUGUGAUUUGAAAUAAGGCUGCUGAAUAAGUUUAAGUAUUUCGAUUUCUGUUUUAAGAUUAUAGCUUUAAGGUGUCUAAUGUUAUAGGUAGUGUUGAGUUUAUUCUUAGUAUAUUUAAUGCAAUGAUUUCAAACUGUUUUUUACAAUGAAUUAUGAAAAUAAAUAACUACAUACUGA